AUGCGACUAGCCUCCAGGGCCCUGCGGCUUGCACCUUGGGGCCACGACGACACGACGAUUGUGAUAUCCGGGCUCCUCGCUGCCGGCUGGCUCGCCGGAAGUAUCCUCGAGGAACGCUACGGCCUGGGCCGGGACAUCUGGACCCUUGAGCCCUGGCGGAUCACAGAGUUCCUCAAGGUCUUCUUCGUCUUCGAGGUGCUCUACACGCUGACCCUCGGCCUGAUCAAGACGUCCAUAUUGUUCCUGUACCUGUGGCUCUUCCCUGACCAAAAGUUCCGCCGCACCGUGUGGGCCACGCAGGCCUUCAACCUGCUCAUGGUCGGGAGCUUCAUCGUCUCCGACUUCCUCCAAUGCCAGCCGAUAAGUUUUUUCUGGGGCUCAUGGGACGGCGAGCACAGUGGCCGCUGCUUCAAUAUCAAUGCCCUCGCGUGGGCCCAUUCCGCCCUCAACAUCGCCUUGGAUUUCUGGAUGCUUUACCUGCCGGCCACGCAGGUGUGGUGCCUCCAGAUGAAGACGAGGAAGAAGGUCGGGGUCAUCCUGAUGUUUGGAAUUGGAAUCUUCCUCACAUUGACGAGCAUUGUCCGCAUACAGACUUUGGUUAGCUUCGCGAACACGGAGAAUCCGACUAGGGAUUACUUCGCGACAGUCACCUGGUCGUACAUAGAAAUCACCGUCGGGGUUAUGGUGGCCUGCCUGCCAGGCGCCCGCCUCUUUAUAGCCAGAUACGUGAGCAGCCUCCGAACGACGGGAUCCAAGUUCAGCAAAAGCCUCAGCCGGUCCGGCAACUGUGUCCGCCUGAGCCAGGAUGGCCAAAACAACGAGGGUACAGCGUCAUCCCGGAAGGGAUUGGGAGGUGGCCCGGGCAUUAAGUCUCCGGCCAGUUGUGCACGCGUGCCAUCCUCGUCACAAUCUGCGCGCGAUGACGGGGAGUCUCACCUGGAAUUGGUCAUCAUGACAAUGGAGGGUGACUGCAAGGACGAGCACAAGUGUAACUCGGCAACAGUUUAG